AUGACAGACGUCUCGAAGAUGGCUUUGAAAAUUCUCUACACUCUGGACAACGGAUCGAGUGGUACUUAUCUAGCACGAUCUAAAAGACCUCAGGCAGUGACUGUGAUUACGAUACCGAACCCUACUUCCCCAGGUGAAGGGGAUCAGGCAAACUUCAGAAUAGGUGCAGUGGAGCUGUCGCCAGUCCUUCAGGAAAUAUACAUGAACUCACCCGAGCUUCUAAGUCACAAUGGGUCGAAAAGCGGCCAUGACUACAACUUAUACUACAAAGAUAUAUGCGAACUCGAUGAACCAUUGGUCAGUCUCGGAUUACUCUCUCAAAUACGGCACAAGCUGCGAAAAGAGAACGGGGAAGAUAUCGUGCAGGUAGAUGAGCAUGAUGAUGAUGAGACCUUUAUUGUGACCGGAAGAAUAUGCUCAAAUUCUGCUGCAUUGCUGAAGAGGUCGUACAGCAAUUCAUGUAGUAUCGACGCAGAGGAACGUACAUCUAGUGAGACUUUGGAAGUCAAGCUGAGAUUUAUACGUGUCGUAACCGAGAAGACCUCUAGACGUCCAAGUAAUACGGUGUCGAGAAUGCCACGAACUCCGCUGGCAGUCCAAACGCAACAACAACAUGUCAUGAGUAAGCCAACCGCACGUCCUCAGAAGUUAAUACGACCAGUAAAGGGCACCGUAGUCAAACGACAGAUGAAUCAGACUCCGGCACCAAAGGCGGAGAGAACACAGUCAUUACCAAUAUGGAAUCCCAAACAACAAAUGUCCAACAAUACUGCAUUUCCCGCAAAUUCAAUUGCUCAUAAAAUCUACCUUGCUGAUAGGAAAACUGACAAUGUUCAGCCAGCCACUCAACAACCUUUAGCAUAUCAAAUUAAUGCCCUACAGCAGGAUAAUACCAUACAGAAAUAUAAAGUUGACGAUUCAGUCAGCAAAAGAUUUGACUUCAUGCUCAAUAAGAAGAAAGACCCGCAACAGGAUCAACAACAGGGGAAAGCUCAGACAGUCGUUAAGAAGACAACGGCAGCAAAAGCACGAAGGUUCAAUACUAUGGCGGCAAUUCCAGUGCCGCCUGCUGAGUCUAAGCCAAAGAUCAUAUCAAAGAAAUCACAACGCUCAGAAUCGAUCUGCGAAGAAAACCUAGCACCGAUUACCGAAGAGAACUUUGUUCUUCAGGAUUUGCUCGAAGGUAUGUCUAAUAAGAGGCAAAGCCAGGGAUACACUGAGGAUAACAAGGAAAAUCAACCUCAAAUGAACGAUGAGUUCGAUCUAGACCUGUUGUCAUUCCCGGAGAUUAAUGCCAAGAGUGAUUUGGAGUGGUUCGGUGACUUCAGUCCUUUUCAUUCACCUUCAUUGAUCCAAAAUCUUUUAGCUGAGCACGCCAAGAAACCAUCUACUACAACCCCCAAAGAUGCGAAUACUUGUAAUACUAUUUCCAUUGAUAACGCUGAAGAGGAAGAUCAACAAAUGCAAGAAGAGCAGGGGAAAUCGACAAGUGAUAUUGAUAGAACAUCACCAAUAGAUACUUUGUCGAUGCCAUUGAUGGAAUUGAACGACCGCUCGAAUACGCGUAUGGUUUCCUGUCAAGAACAACUGCGAAGACUACCAAUACUUGGAAAGGGAGAGACCACUGGUAAAGGCAGCCCAGAGAAAGAUGUGGUUGACAAUGCACAACCAGAAGAUGAAGUGACAUCGAUAGUCAUGCAGCUUUCCUCAUCGUGCCAGGAUCUACGAGUUCCAGAGAAGGACACAGUUUCCAAGGUAUCAAACUCAUCGCAAGCCUCGACGCCAGCAUUAACCCGAUGCUAUGAAUACCAGGAUGGUGAGGAAGAUGAAUUAAGUGAGGGAACCAAGAGACAAAGGACCAUGCCUUCUUCGCCCACUCAUAUGUUCAACUACGAAGAUGACCUUUCAAGCGCAGGCGAAACCAAUGAUCUUUUUUCCUCCUUCAUCCAAACAAGAACAGCUGCGAACAACAACGCAGAUUCAACACCAGCCACUCAAUACGGAAAUCAGUCAAGCGAUCACUCUAAGUGA